CCCCCUGCCGCCGCUCUCGGGCUCCGGCCGGGUCUCGCGUGCCGUCUUCUCGAGAGGGGCAUCGCGCCCACCGGCGCGCGCCGCCCCCCUGCCGCGCGGCGCGGGGUCUCGCGGGCCCCGCUCCCGCCCUCCGCUCGCCUGGCCCGGACCGGAAGCGGCGCCGCACGGCCUGGGCCUGGCGCGGGGGGCGGGCACGGGGGCCCGGUCGGACAUGGGCAAGAAGCACAAGAAACACAAGUCGGACAAACACCUCUACGAGGAGUAUGUAGAGAAGCCCUUGAAGCUGGUCCUCAAAGUAGGAGGGAGCGAAGUCACCGAACUCUCCACGGGCAGCUCGGGGCACGACUCCAGCCUCUUCGAAGACAAAAACGAUCAUGACAAACACAAGGACAGAAAGCGGAAAAAGAGAAAGAAAGGAGAGAAGCAGAUUCCAGGGGAAGAAAAGGGGAGAAAACGGAGAAGAGUUAAGGAGGAUAAAAAGAAGCGAGAUCGAGACCGGGUGGAGAAUGAGGCAGAAAAAGACCUCCAGUGUCACACUCCUGUGAGAUUAGACUUGCCCCCUGAGAAGCCUCUCACAAGCUCUUUAGCCAAACAAGAAGAAGUAGAACAGACACCCCUUCAAGAAGCUUUGAAUCAACUGAUGAGACAAUUGCAGAGAAAAGAUCCAAGUGCUUUCUUUUCAUUUCCUGUGACUGAUUUUAUUGCUCCUGGCUACUCCAUGAUCAUUAAACACCCAAUGGAUUUUAGUACCAUGAAAGAAAAGAUCAAGAACAAUGACUAUCAGUCCAUAGAAGAACUAAAGGAUAACUUCAAACUAAUGUGUACUAAUGCCAUGAUUUACAAUAAACCAGAGACCAUUUAUUAUAAAGCUGCAAAGAAGCUGUUGCACUCAGGGAUGAAAAUUCUUAGCCAGGAAAGAAUUCAGAGCCUGAAGCAGAGCAUAGACUUCAUGGCUGACUUGCAGAAAACUCGAAAGCAGAAAGAUGGAACAGACACCUCACAGAGUGGGGAGGACGGAGGCUGCUGGCCGAGAGAGAGAGAGGACUCUGGAGACGCCGAAGCACACGCCUUCAAGAGUCCCAGCAAAGAAAAUAAAAAGAAAGACAAAGAUAUGCUUGAAGAUAAGUUUAAAAGCAAUAAUUUAGAGAGAGAGCAGGAGCAGCUUGACCGUAUCGUGAAGGAAUCUGGAGGAAAGCUGACCAGACGGCUUGUGAACAGUCAGUGCGAAUUCGAAAGAAGAAAACCAGAUGGAACAACAACGUUGGGACUUCUCCAUCCUGUGGAUCCCAUUGUAGGAGAGCCAGGCUACUGCCCUGUGAGACUGGGAAUGACAACUGGAAGACUUCAGUCUGGAGUGAAUACUUUGCAGGGGUUCAAAGAGGAUAAAAGGAACAAAGUCACUCCAGUGUUAUAUUUGAAUUAUGGGCCCUACAGUUCUUAUGCACCGCAUUAUGACUCCACAUUUGCGAAUAUCAGCAAGGAUGAUUCUGAUUUAAUCUAUUCAACCUAUGGGGAAGACUCUGAUCUUUCAAGCGAUUUCAGCAUCCAUGAGUUUUUGGCCACGUGCCAAGAUUAUCCGUAUGUCAUGGCAGAUAGUUUACUGGAUGUUUUAACAAAAGGAGGGCAUUCCAGGACCCUACAAGAGAUGGAGAUGUCACUGCCUGAAGAUGAAGGCCAUACUAGGACACUUGACACAGCAAAAGAAAUGGAGCAGAUUACAGAAGUAGAGCCACCAGGGCGUUUGGACUCCAAUACCCAAGACAGGCUCAUAGCGCUGAAAGCAGUAACAAAUUUUGGCGUUCCAGUUGAAGUUUUUGACUCUGAAGAAGCUGAAAUAUUCCAGAAGAAACUUGACGAGACCACCAGAUUGCUCAGGGAACUCCAGGAAGCCCAAAAUGAACGUUUGAGCACCAGACCCCCUCCCAACAUGAUCUGUCUCUUGGGUCCCUCAUACAGAGAAAUGCAUCUUGCUGAACAAGUGACCAAUAAUCUUAAAGAACUUGCACAGCAAGUAACUCCAGGUGAUAUCGUAAGCACGUAUGGAGUUCGAAAAGCAAUGGGGAUUUCCAUUCCUUCCCCCGUCAUGGAAAACAACUUUGUGGAUUUGACAGAAGACACUGAAGAACCUAAAAAGACGGAUGUUGCUGAGUGUGGACCUGGUGGAAGUUGAGGCCGCCUGGUAUUUGAUUAUAUAUUAUGUACAUACUUUUUCAUUCUUAACUUAGAAAUGCUUUUCAGAAGAUAUUAAAUAUUUGUAAAUUGUGUUUUUAAUUAAACUUUGGAACAGUGAAUUUGAAUGUUCCAGAGGUUGGACUUGUAUUAGGUAAUAAAGCUGGACCUGGGACUCGUGAGGAAGGAAUGUGCUUGGGGCUGUUGCCAUACCUGCACAGCAUUCUUUCAAAAUAGUGCCUGCCCAUGCUUCUUCCUUAUGUCCCACAGACAGGACCAUCACUAAGAAACGUUCUUAAAACGGCCCCAUCCAGUGAGAUUUUCCGUUAUAUGAACAUACUUGAAAUAAUUUUAGAAUUUACUACUGUAGUUCUGCCCCUGCAUACCCAGUGGGAAUGAUGCCCUUGUAUGGGUAAUUAGGCACCUCCCACCCACCCCUGACAAAAGCACACUGGGAGUUUUAUAGCACUCACAUGGCUAGUGUUCUUUUUUUUUUUUCCAUUUUUUAAAGAGUUACUUAGUACUAUAGCAAAGUAAUAAGCCAAAUAAGAUAAACUAAGUCAUCCUUGAAUACAUCAGGGAAUUACCAGAUUACCAAAAGGUGACAUUUCUAUUUACUGUUUAUCUGAAAUACAAAGGUCAAGUACCCAAGCAGUUGAACUCUAAGUAGGAGACCACAAGAUUCAUGGCCCCCUUUUAUCAGCAAGCUGAGAUAGAUAAAUGGUGAUUUUCCUGAAUCUGUAUAGAACCUGUUAUACACACGGGAAAAAAAUCAGGAUGGAGAUGAUAGCCUUGUUCAGUGAACAAAUUAAGUUUGAAGGCCCUUAUACAAUCCUUCUAUAAAUCACCCAGGCAGGAGGCCAUUUGAUUUCCAUUUUCCUGACUUUGAAAAUUAGUAUUUAGGAAGAACAAGUAGGGUAAAGGAAAAUUAAUUCCCGCAAAAGACUUAAAAUCUUAUGCUAAAAGAGUCGAAUUUUCAAGUUGUUUUAGAGUCUACUUUUAAUCUCUAGGGAGUUCCUGAGGACUAACAAAAUACUUAAAUUUAAAAUACCUUCAGAUAUUUGAGUUUUUCAAAUUGCUAAUUUAAUGUAUAAAAAGCAGCUAAACACUGGUAUUUUAUAAAAAUGAAGCAGCAUUUUGAAACAAAUGUUACAGAUCUAUAAAUAUUCAUUAUAUAGAAUAAACCCUAGUUACUUGCAUGCACCACCUCAAAUCAUAUUUCUUUACACUGACUUAUUACAUACACAAAGUAUACAGUGGUUAAUGAU